AUGUCGGCUUCGCAACAGCUAAGCGGUAGAGAGCGGACUGAGCUCCGAAAUAUACUGUGUAGAGCGAGUGCAGUAAAUCUGCUUCAGAUAGUGUUGAAUGCUAUCGAAAAGCAUCGGGGACUGGUAGAGAAGCCCAUAUAUGAGGAAGCGAAGCAGAUCUGCAACAGUAUAGACAUCAAGAAUGAUGACACCGAAGAUGAUGACACUGAAGACGAAGACGACGAGGAUGAAGACAUCGAAGAAGGUGAUGGAGACGGAGCUAGCACUGAAGCAAAUGGCACAGACGUGUAUCGUGGCGGGAAUGAGUCCAGCGGUGGGCAAGAUAUCCCACGCAGUACUGUGGAAUCAAUGAGUUUUGGUUCAUGGGGAACUGACCCAUACAUCAUGUCACUACUCGAUCCUGCAAUUGGCCCUCUUGUAACGACGACAUCGAGACUCUCGCCAAAGAAACGCAAAGCGACAGAAGCCAUUCUCACGUUAGCAGAGCGUCAGGUUGACGGACAAUCGGUUCUGAAGCGCCUCAGGAGAUACCACCAAUCGUUGCUUGCUCGCUGCGUUAGGUGCGGAGCCUUGUGCGACAAAGAGGACUCUACCGAUGAAGUAUGCACCUAUCAUGAUGGGGAACUCGAAUUGGAAGAUCCUGAUGGUGAAUUUCCAGACGAUGAUCGACCAUUUGAAGAGCUGAUCUCGAAUGAGACGAAGAUAGAAAACCUGGGCGCCUUCACAUGGGGUUGCUGUGAUGAGACCGGGAAAGCAGAUGGAUGCCAGCGGCAGAGGCACAUCUUCGUGGGCAGGAAAACGCAUUAUUGCGAGCUGGAGAUGUUGAAAGAGAUGAAAUCGAGACACACGCAACUGGUCGUCUUGUGA